AUGGGUCGUAAAAUAAAGCACGGUUCCUCCAAAUACGACUUUGUCAAGGUGAAGGUGUGGCUGGGUGAACAUGCCGAGCACUACUACGUGUUUUCCAGGUUUUUACUCAGCCAGAAUUUAACUGUUACCAAGAUUCCAAACCAUAUAUCUAUCAAAAUCGCUCUUGAUCUCAAGAAGCUACUCGUAGACAAUAGCCUUCUAGAUGUCUCGCAAUUGGAUUUGGAAGAUAACCUGUUUAAGAUUAUGGAGCAAAGGGGUUAUGCGGAAGAUUAUGUAAAGCGUUACCGGAUGAUGACCAGAUUUCACCAUCAGAGAGUGCCAUUAGUUAUUAUUGUGUGUGGAACUUCCUGUGUUGGAAAGUCCACCAUUGCUGCCCAAAUUUCACAAAGGUUCAAUUUGCCUAAUGUCAUGCAGACAGAUGUGGUGUACGAAUUGCUGCGCACAUCAACAGAUGCACCGUUGGCCUCUACUCCAAUAUGGGCACGAAACUUCAGCUCUUCGGAAGAGUUGAUUACUGAAUUUUGUAGAGAAUGCCGGGUUGUUCGAAAAGGUUUGGCUGGUGAUUUGAAGAAAGCACUGAAAGAUGGAAAACCAAUAAUAAUAGAGGGGAUGCAUUUGGAUCCAAACAUAUUUUUAAUGUAUGAAGAAAAAACCAACUCACCGGAUCUCAACACUAGUACCAAUCAGCAUGUCAGCUCAGAAAAAGGGAAAGCACCGGCAAGUGUUUCUGAGAACACAGGUGAACUUGCUCAGUUUGGUGGUGCAGGUGAAACUGUCAAGGGUCCUGACCCAAUAGUUAUACCUCUGGUUUUGAAUAUGGCUGAAUUUGAUCACCAGGCAUUGCUAGAGGAGUGGAUCUCAUCUUGCAUAUGUAGUGAUAGAUGGCAAGUUCAGGACACAGAUAAGCUGAUAAGCAAUGUUAAGACAAUUCAGGAGUAUCUUCACUCAUUUGAUUCAAAGGGAUUGACAGUUCUCAACCUAUCAGCAGCGACAUUCGCUCAAAAACUAGAUUGGCUGCAUGGAUAUCUUCUUGAGCGCAUUGAGCAAGGCAUGCAAUCAGCGUCAAGCGAAAAAGGCCAGCUUGUCUAG